AAUAGCUGUUAGCAAUCACAUUUAUAUUGCUUGAUUUUUUUAUUUAAUUUUUUUUGUUUGCUCCCUUAGACCUUGUCACAACACAAUCUGUCAAACAUGGAAGUGCAUUCAACAUUUCUGGACCAAGUUCAGAUAGAGCCAUGCAAAGGACUGGAAAGGUUGUAUUCAUUUUUGAGCCAAAGCACUCCAGGGCAGCAUCAGGCUUCAUUAAAUUUCUCCCUAACAAGAAAUUUGCAAUGUUCUCUCCUGUGGACCAUCGGAUUCCAAGAGUUAAUGUGCCUCUAGCAGACUGUCCUGCAGACUUUGUCUCCAGACCUGGAGACUAUGAAAACACACUCUUUAUUUGCCGAAUAACACACUGGCCAGCAGACAACAACUUUGCUGAAGGGCGGCUUGCAAAAACGUUAGGGCAAGCAGGUGAAAUAGAGCCAGAAACAGAAGGUAUCAUGACAGAAUAUGAAGUUGACUUCUCAGAGUUUUCAGAGGAGGUCUUGAAUUGUCUUCCCCAAGAUCUGCCCUGGAGCAUCCCUGCUUUUGAACUCUCUAGAAGAAGAGAUCUCAGAAAAGAAUGUGUAUUUACCAUCGACCCAGCUACAGCUAGAGAUCUAGAUGAUGCACUAUCCUGCAAACAGCUCUCAGAUGGCAAUUUUGAAGUUGGUGUUCAUAUAGCUGAUGUGAGUUACUUUGUGGAGGAGGGAAGUGUGUUGGAUCAAAUCGCUGGUAAAAGAGCCACAAGUGUUUAUCUGGUUCAGAAGGUAAUUCCUAUGUUGCCUCGACUUCUGUGUGAGGAGCUGUGCAGCUUGAAUCCUCUGACUGAUCGACUGACAUUCUCUGUUAUUUGGAAGCUUUCUCCAGAGGGAAAGAUCCUGAGUGAGUGGUUUGGCCGAACUGUUAUCUGUUCCUGCAUUAAGAUGAGUUAUGAUCAUGCUCAGAGUAUGAUUGAAGCUCCUGACAAGCACUUCAGUGUUGAAGAGCUGCCACCCUGCUCCCCGAACCACAAAAUCCAUGAGAUACAAGAAGCCAUUCUCAACUUGCACAACAUUGCCAAACAACUUCGAGCACAGCGCUUUGAGGGCGGCGCUUUACAGCUUAACCAGCUGAAGCUAUCUUUCACCCUUGAUAAGGAGUCCAGCAUGCCUCAGGGCUGUUAUGUCUAUCAAUAUCAGGACAGCAACAGACUGGUGGAAGAAUUCAUGUUGCUGGCAAAUAUGGCUGCUGCCCAUCAGAUCUACCGCACAUACCCAGAACUGGCCAUCCUGCGUAGACACCCGCCACCCCAGAGCAAAAUGUUAGAUGACCUGCAGGAGUUCUGUGACCAGAUGGGGCUUGACAUUGACUUCAGUUCAUCCAGAGGACUCCAUAUGAGUCUAAAUGAAAAUCUUCAUAAUGAUGAGUAUGCUGCUUCCAGGAGGGAAGUUCUCACUCACAUGUGCUCUAGGGCAAUGCAGAUGGCGUCAUAUUUCUGUACUGGAGCUCUGAAAGAUGAGAAUUCCUUCCGUCAUUAUGCUCUGAAUGUUCCUCUUUACACACACUUCACUUCACCUAUACGGCGCUAUGUUGAUGUCAUAGUGCACCGUCUACUGGCUGCCUCCCUUUACUGUGGACCACCACUGAGUCUUUCAUUAGAGGAAGUACACAAACUGGCCUCCCACUGCAAUGACAGAAAGACUGCUUCAAAGAGAGUUCAGGAGCUGAGCUCUGAACUUUUCUUUGCUGUCUUUGUUAAGGAGUGUGGUCCUUUGGAUUCAGAAGCUAUGGUGAUGGGAGUUCUAGACCAGUCCUUUGAUGUGCUUGUACUUCGCUACGGAGUGCAGAAACGCAUCUACUGUAAUUCAUUAGAGGGACUGAAGGCAGUCCACUUCCGUAAAGUGGGAAAGAGACCAGAGAUGACGCUUGUUUGGGAACAAGGUGACCCCAGCAAAGAGUCCACACAGCAGGAGAUUUCCAUCUUCACCCUGUUGAAUGUUCAGCUGAAGGCAGAUGAAGGUCCUAUGAAAUACAGCGCUGUGCUCAAGAGACCCUCAGAAGUCGUAUGAAUUUUAUUAUUUUUUAUUAUUUUUGCUUGCAGAUUUCUUAACCAAACAGUAGUAAGGCUUUCAUUUGCAUCAAUAUAAUAUGAACUUUGUUUUGAAUAAUUUUAUUUUUGAUUUUGUCCUGAAAUCUUUCAGUUGCAGACUUCUUUUAAGUUAGGACAAACUGUUCGAUGCCAUUCAGAGAAUAGUUUCCAAAGUUAAUUUUAGUUUUUACAUUUUAUGCUGUAGUAUAUUACAAUCUUUCACCUUCAUAUGCUUUGUAAUAUUUGGUUAUUGUGUUCUGUCUUGUACCUACUAGUAUAUGCAGCCAGAAAAAUGAAGUUCUGUAAACUUCAGAAGUUGCAGAUAUGUCAAUGAUUAUUUUGUUUUCUCAGUGGGAAGAAUGGGCCCUUAAAUUUACAGUCUAACUUAGUUGUUUUUGGGACUAUAUUAGCUUGCUUGAGUAAUUGUUUGGUUUUGUUGCAAAUAUUGGAUCUGUUAUUUUUUUUUUAAAAUAGGACAUUUGGAUAAAUAUUUUGUUAACUAUUGAUAGAUAAUUUUUAAUAAUUGUAAAGCAUCAUUAUUUUUGGCACUGCUUCUUAUGAAGAAAACUUCUGGCAGACAGUUUUAGUAAACAAACACUUCACUGGUGGCUUGUAUGUAAAGGUGUUGGCCCAAAUACCACAUACAUUUGAAUACUGUUUUACUGAACUUCUAUUUAAUGUCUUUAAGAAAUGUUUUGUUAAUUUUGUGUAGUUCAUUAAAUGCAUCUAAUAUAAGGUAGUGGUUGUUGUUUUUGUUUUUUGCUUACUUGAGAUCUUGUAAGAUACAUUAACUAUUUACUCAAACUAUUGAUCUAGCAAACAUUGUUUAAUUUACUCUAUGGUGUGAAAUGUAAAACUAAGAAACACCAAAUGUUUUCCAUUGGAAAAACCUAUUAUAGUUAAAGGGAUACUCCACCCCAAAAUGAAAAUUUUGUCAUUAAUCACUUACCCUCAUGUCGUUCCAAACCCAUAAAAGCUUAAUUCAUCUUCCAAACACAAUAUAAGAUAAUAUAAGAUAUAUUCACAUCACAAUAUAUGAAAACCAGGAGGCUUGUGACUGUCCCAUAGACUGCCAAGUAAAUUGUACUGUCAGGGUCCAGAAAAGUAUGAAAAGCAUCAUCAGAAUAGUCCAUCAGUGGUCAAACCGUAACGUUAUGAAGUGACGACGAAUACUUUUUGUAUGAAAAAAAAAAAAAAAAUUCAAACAAUUAGUCUCGUCUGUGUCUUUCCGCAUUACCAUAGCACCAUUUUGGGGAAUGUGAGCAGAACGCAGGCAGCGUACACAAUUCUGUGUUUAUGCUUUGAUUUGAAAGAAACCAUGCAUCCGCGUGGCAAGGCCGACACAGAAGAGCAUACACUGCUGUGUUCAACUCAUAUCCCCCAAAAUGGCACUAAGGUGAUAGACAUAGAGGAGACGAAUUGUUGAAUUAAGUCAUUAUUUUAAAAAAAUUAAUUAUUCUCGUCACUUCACAAUGUUACGGCUAAACCACUGAUGUCAGAUGGACUAUUCUGAGGAUGCUUUGGAAUGACAUGAGGGUAAGUGAUUAAUGACAAAAUUUUCAUUUUGGGGUGGAGUAUCCAACGAGAAAGAAGCUGUAUGAUGUAACAAAAAUGUUUUAGCAGUUUUAUUAUUAAAUAUUGGAAAAAAAAAGUUGCCCAGUUGUUGUUUUGUAGUUUGGUAAAAAUUAUCCAUGAAUAAAUUGUCAAAGUUUUAAAUCUGCAUAGGCUAUUAUAUUUUAUAAGAGACUUAUGUUGUAAGUACUGCUGUAGGUGCUACAUUUUAUGUAAGGGUACAUUUGUUGUAACAUGGGUCUAAAACAGUCUUUAAAAAUAUGUAUUUAUAAACAGUGUAACUAAUUGGAGAAACCUGUGGUUUUAGGCAGAAGAAUGUGAUUGUGUGAUAUUGACUGCAAAACUAAUAAAACCACCAAACUGUUUUUCGUGAA